UUCACCAUGGGUUAUUUUGUUCCAGUCAAUUUCUUUUAGGAAUUUCAUUAGAAACCAGCCUUACAGGCGCUCAUGUUACUCAGAGAGCUAGCCAGGAGACAGACUGGUCAGGUCCAAGAGGCCCCCACGUGUGAGUCCUGGAGGAAGGAGCGUGGUCUAGCAGCGAGCACACUGGGGCAGGUGUCAGGACACCGGUGCGGCUCGCUACAAGGUGAUGUCUACCUCGUCUAGAGCCUGGAAAUGGGACCAAGGUUACCACAGAGGGAUGCACUCUACCAGCGACUACAGGGCUCAAGAAGCCUGAGCAUCCACAGAGGCAGAAAGAAAACAGCCUUUGGAAACAAAGGCUGGUCUCAGGGCCUCAGACAUAUGCAACAUUUUACUCACAGCAGGAAGCUCUUCUCUGUGAGUGAGUGAGUGAGCAUUUAGCUCUGGAAAGUCACAGGAAGUGCACUCUCCAGGGAGUCACUGGUUUGUGGAUCGGGGAAUCCCUGGCCCUCUGUUCCACCUGUCUAAGUGUCCUGUCCUGGAUCAUGGAAGCUAGAAAACUAAAAACUUAAUUUCCCAAAAGCUGUUGCAGCUGCAUUUCAAGGAAUAAUAGGACCCACCACCAGAUGCCCUUGUGGUGCUCAGCUGGGCGGCAGGCCAGAGCACCUGGCUCCCCCGGCAGCCUCCUGACCUUCACCAGGCAGCAGCCCCUCCAGUCCAAUCCUGUGCAGUCACUUCAAAGUCUUUUCUGGAAACACAGCCUUGAGUCUGUUUUCUCAGGCUUCCUGAUGACCCCUGAGGCCACCCAGCACCCUACAAUGAAGCCCUAACCCAGCAAGCCUGGGCUCGAUUCUCUUCUACUGAAACCUGGAAGCAGGAGAGGCUUCAGCACUCCAGGGCAGUGAGACCUGGGCUUGGUCUUCUGACCUGGUCCAAUGGGAGCAAAGGUCCCCUGGCGUCCAAGGGCAGAGCCCAAGGGUCCACUCUUUACCAAGGCGGAGCAAGGACCUGGCUUCCAGAGCAAGGCAGCCAGCCUGCAGGAGGCAGGGUGGGACUGCUCGGCCUGAAUGCUGAUCCAAGUGGCUUAACUCCCUGAAUCUGCAGCAUGGACAGCAGCUCAAGGGACCUGGCACUGAAACAGGUGGACGGUCCUUGGUGGUCCUAUUUGAUCUGUGUAACAAAAUAAAUAAGUAAUAGAUGGAUGAUGGUGGACAGAUGAUAGAUAGAUAGAUAGAUAGAUAGAUAGAUAGAUAGAUAGAUGAUUGAUAGAUGGACCAACUCUCUAGUCCUGGGGAGCAGAGGCCUGAAUGGAGACACCACCUGGGCUGCUAGUCCACUACAAUCCCUGCAUAACAAACCACUCCAAAACUUAGUGGCUUCAAAUCACAAUCCUGUGUGGCUGUCAGACUUCUUCAGGGCAGCUGGUGGUUCUGCUCACCAGGCCAGCCUGGCCCGUCCUGGCUGGCCUCCCUGAUGGUCCGGAGCCUCAGCUGGGCUGCUGGUCUGUGCUGCACCUGGUCUCAUCCUGCGGCUUGCUGGCACCUGUUUGGAGGAGGCAGGGUCCUGAGAGAAAGAAGGAAGGUAGGCAAGACGGCUUGAGGCUCGGGACUGGCACAAUGUCACUUACAGGACAGUCUGUUGAUCAAAGCAAAUCACAAGGCCACCCCAUGUUCAAGGGGAUGUAGACUCCUUCUGAUGGCAGAAGCUGCAAGGCCACACUGGGAAGUGGACACAGGGAUAACAGCGUCUACUGUUGCAUGACCCCCUGCAGCACUGCAGGUCCACGCUGCCAACUUCCUCCUCACCGUCCCCUAGGUCAGUGCACUGUCCCUGGGGGAGGAAAUACCCAGACCUUUGUGGUAUUCCAAAGCGGUGGCUUUAUGCUGAUGCUCAUCCCUGAGACUGCAGGCCCCAGUCAUGGCAAGGACAUAGGGAGGUCAGGCUAUGGGGGAAUCUGAGCCUGAGUCAUCACCCCUGCGGCUCACGAACCUCAAGUGGUUCUUUCCGCAGUUCCUCGCGUACGGCUGGAAGACCCAAGCUCUGAGGCUGGCAGACUCCCCCACUGGCCCCAACCCAAGAACACCCCAGGGGCCAAGCAGGAGGAGGCUGCUGGCUUGUGGGGCUGCAGGAAAAGCAGCUUUGCCCCGGGCACCUAUGAUCCCUGGGAUCUGGCGGUGCCCACAGUCUGGGCCUCUGGGAGACGGAAAAAAGAGGCACUGCAGGGGACCACAGUGCAGUCCUGGGCUCCACGGAAAACACAGCCUCCUCCUCGAGGGACACGGCUCAGCAGUUGCUCCCAGGCCCCACGGAGACCAUGGGUCUAGGGCAGGUCUGGGCCCACCCUGGCCACGGGCAGGAGACAUUAACUGGGCUCACAAGGGCACACACCCUGGGAGAAGCAGACUCUUCCACCAGGCAGGGGGAAACCAGCCGUCUGCACAGGAACAGGGGUUUAUUCCAAAUACGGGUCUUGCCCGGUUACCACCAACCUGUGGAACUGCCAGCUGUCUCCAUGGCUUUGCCACAGUGCUGCUCCUGGCCUGGCAAAGGGACUCAUUGCACAAAGAAGCCAGGUGACAGUGUGCUGCAGUCUGGCUGGGCACAAAUCACGAGCCACUGAAGCAGGAACAAACUUUAUUUCUGAACUCCACCAGCACAUUCCACACACGCUCCCCGGGAACUCUCUCGAACGCUGCGCGGCUCCUCCAGGAACCACCAACCGGAAAUCCCUCCUUCGGCACUUCCCCAACCAAUGCGAACUCUUCAGGAAUCCCCGCGAGAGCUCAACUGGAACUCAAUGAGAACUCCGCGAGAACUCAAAAGUCAUCAUCUUAAUGGCUCGCUGGCGUCACCUCUCAACCACUACUUCUGGCAAAAAUGCCAUGCAUCAUCCCGACUCGGCUGUGGCCCUCAACAACAGUGUGACAUGUGGACUUCACACCCCUCACCCAGAGGCAACCUGUCAUCCAGAGCAAUGGAGCCUCAAAGCCAGUGGGGACUGGUUGGGUACCAAGGGAAGCCAGUGGCACGCAAGGCUGAGGGCUGACCUGCUGACCUGCUGGACGGGCCUCACACCCAGUCCUCCCAUAGGUAGGCACCCCGGGCCCCGUGCAAGGCUGCUGCACCCCAGGACACCUGCAAGCUUUGUAAUUCUUGCUUUUCCUCCCAUGACAGUAGGCUCUGCUGGCUUCGAGGUCUUUGUGCCCAAGAGAAAACACAACCAUCACACCAUGUUGGCUGGGGUAGCUGAUUCCGAAUAAAAAGGGAAAUAGGGCUGAGAGAGUACCCUGGGGCUCACAGGACUUGGGGGCUGCUGCCUGUCGUGCAGUAUCUUGUGAUAGUGUUGAUGAAAACCUACACAACCCGAGUAAGGACCACACAGAGCUCAGACACACCAGCAGCAAAGGCCAAGUCAGUCCACCGGGUUAAGAGCUCAGAUUAGCACAGGGAUCUUUUGGGACCCUGAAUCUUCCAUAAGAUCAAGCAAGCCCACACCAGCCUACAGGAAGAUGAUACUACAUGGAACAGAGCCCAAAAGCCCAGCCAGGGCUCCAGACCAUGAGAGAGGCCAGCCAGGAUGGGCCAUGCUGGCCCAGACAGCAGAGCCAUCCGCUGGCCUAAAGGUUCUUGAUGCUCAGCCCCAGGACAGGUAUGCAAGGAGGGAUGGGCGACGUACAUGGGUAUCCUCCUCCCUUCCUUUCCUGCUGCGUUAAACAGGGUGUGCCGUAGGUGGCUGGUUUUAGAAUCUGGGCCACAGGGACAGAUGGGGGUCUUCCCUUGCAGGGCAGGAUGGGGAUACCUGUGACUUCAUGUGGGCUGGUGGUACUGCAUUUAUGCAGGAGUAACUUGCUGCUAAAGCUGUUGUCUAGCUGUUGACAUCGGGGACAGGGUUUGUGGAGCAAAGGGCAGGCUGUGGGGUGCUGAGCACUGGGGCACCUGCACCUGACACCUGGGUCUCCCGCUCUACUGGGGGUGCACAUCAGUCCCCAGGCUCCUGGCAUCCCAGGUCCCACAGUACUCAGGGUCUAGCUCAGGGGACCGUACGCCCUUAAGGAAGAGGGAAGGCAGUGGACGUACACUGUGCUCAGAGCAGGGGCCUUUCUGGUUCUAGUCGCUGACCCCCAAGAGGGGGCCCCGAGUUCAACAGAACACCCUCCUGGUCAUUCCCAAGGCUUCCAUCGGAGUCGCUUCCUCCGCCACCAAAUGGUCUUAUAAGCCAGUUAAUGCCAUAUGAUGCCUGAGCUCCUUUCUCAGGAACUCCCAAAGCCAACUCUGCCCUCUGUGCGUGGCCUGUCCCAUCUGUUGAGAUCUUUCCACCUGAAUUCACAGCUUGGAAAUUUCUAGGUUGGGCUCAGUUUGGAGUGGUACUCAAUGCAGAGGUCAUGCCAGGGCAAUAGAAAGGGACUUAGGUAUCAGUUUGACUCCCAAUUCCCUACUCAGGUUCCUUCCAUUGGGUUCUCUAGAAAUAUCAUCUGUUGUUUUGUUUUGUUUUGUUUCUUUAGUGUGAGCUUUACAGAGGUCUCGGAGGGGCUAGCGUGGUGGCGCACACCAGUAAUUCCAGUGACUCAGGAGGAUUGUAAAUUGGAGGCCAGCCUCAGCAAUUUAGCAAGGCCCUGUCUCAAAAUAAAAAGGGCUAAGGACAAAGAGGUCCGUGGCUCAGCGGUAAAGCACCCCAGGUUCAAUCCUAGUACCAAAAACAAAAAAAUGAAAAACCCAUGUGUUCUUUGGACAUCAGACUCACAAGCCAGACCAAAGAGUCUCUUGGGAAGUAAAUGGGGAGGUGGUCUCCAGCACGCGCCCACCUCCUGGCCCCACCCGCAGGACCACAGGCCUGCCCCCUGAACCAGGCUCAACCAUUACCACGCUCCUCCAGUCCUGCCCAGAGAACAGCAGGCUGGGCAGGAGCCAAGCCCCAGAGACAUGGCGAGGGACAGCAGCACUCCUGGUCCCUGACAGAAGCAGAUCUGACACCCCUGGAAUGAAAGGGGGUUCCCUAGUGCCCGGAGCCCCUCCCUCCACCUGGCAGCCGGAGAUUCAGAUGCGGGACCUGGAUGAAUCAGGGCUCUCCUUGGUUGCCUAGAAACACAGCUCCAACCUGCUCAGGCCUCCUGGGGAUUCUGGCUGAUGUCACUGACCGUUCCUGGACAGGCCUAAGAUGGCCAAUCCUGCACCCUGAAAGGAUGUGACCACCAAGCCACAUCCUUUGUGACUCAGUUUCCCCCCGUCCUUCAGCUCUGCCUGCCACCCCUGGCUUCACCCUCCGGCAGGCUCACCCCCCGCUCCCCCAUGCAGCAGACCCAGGUUCCACCAGCUUUGAGGUGGGACCAGGAGACUUUCUCUGACCAAGCAAUGCUAGCAAAAGUCCAGGAUGGGCGCUCCUUGGGCCAGCGUGGGCCAUGCCUCCAGUCAGCGUGGAAAACCCAAAGGAGAACUGGUGGGCCAGUCCUGGGUACCACACCUACCCCUCCUGGAGCGAGUGGUGAGGCCGGAAGGGGCUGUCCCACCCCUGAUCCAACUGAGAUGGAGGAGGGGGCCCUCCCUGCUAAUAGAAAACAGGAGCAGAGUGGCUCUGUCCAGAAGGCGGGUAGAUCCAGGAGAGGCGAGCCUGGGCUGGCCAUGGUGCCCACGCUGCUGCAGAGGAGUGCCCAAAGCCAGAUCGUGAAGCGGGGCAGAGCGGUGAGAGGAGAGGGGAGAGCCAGAGUCCUCAAGAGCAAGCCAGGCCAGGGCACGGAGUGGGCUGGGACUCGCCCUUCACACCCAAGUGCUCCUCAGAGCUCGGCCGCCACCUUCAGCAGUUUAGCUUUGGAGAAAACUGCCAGCGGCUUCAGACCAAGAAACUCCAGUGUUCAGUGGGCCCAACCAUGCAGCACAGAGCCGGCUCUCCUGUUAAAUGAUCAACAAACGCUGCAGACGGGCACCAGGUCCACUCCUCCAGGAGGAAGAAGAUCCCUGGUCCUCCCCCGCAUCCUGUUUCCUUGGCUUCCUUUGCGCAGGGCUGAGCGCCGGGACAGCCACGCUGUCCCCUCUGUCCCGGGGGAAUGCAGGGCCCCCCUCCCACCAAAGCACUCUGCCCUGCCAGGACUUGGGGCUCCCAGGAGUGCAGGAGCCCCUGCCCGCGGCACCCUGAGCAGCAGGCCCUGGAGGAGGGCGGCAAGGCUGGCUUUAGAGGUCAGUGGUUCUCACCCGGCUCCGGAACAUGUGAUGGAGGCAACGACAAGCAAGGUGGACCUAGAACUGGUCCUCCCUGGACCCAGGCCUGUCCACACCCACCAGCACACAGUGGCUCCUGAUUUCCCUGCUGGACAGAUGAAGCCUGGGCUUCUGCCCAGGACCCCCCAUUUCCUGGUGCUCACACUCCUCAUGACUCUGACCCCUCAGUGAGACGCCUGGUCAGCAGCUCCCUGCAGGACACUGGCUGAGCUGUGAGCAGCCCAAACGGACGGGCUCUGCAGGACCCUGGCACCCAGUGGCUCCUUGUUACCUCAAAGACCGGCUGAACCAAGGUGGCCAGGGUCCUUUUCCUCAGGAGAUGUCAACCUUCGUCCCAUCUCACAGCUGGCACUUUGCCAUGACACAGCGGCUGCGGUGUCCAGAGCCCUGGGGGAUAACUGGCCCAACACAGGGCAGCUGUCAGCCCCCACGAAGCCUCACGAAGCCUCUUGCUACCGCCAUGAACAGGGCUCGGUUUCCAGAUUCCAGGGAAGCAGGCUGGCCCGCACGCAGGCCACCGUGGACUCCACAGUGCUGGGAACGAGGUCUCGAAGUCACUCCACCAGAGUCACCCAGGAGCAUUCCCAAGGGGGGCACCCAAGGUUAGAGAGUGUCCCUUGGGGCCCUUUCCCAGCAGAGGGAGCUGGGCAGAGUGAGGACCACGGUUCUGAGCCAGGAGGACCCAGGCCUGUGCCCAAGCCCACCCACUCCUUCCAGAGCCUUCCCUGGGGCUCUCCUGACCUUGGCUCACAGAAGGAGGCUGGGGCGAGGUCUGGUGGAGGCUGGAAAGGAGGAGUGGCCGGGCUGGUAACCACGCAGACCCAGGCCCUGCAUCUCCCCCAGUGCGGGGCCAGAGGCGUCCUCCUCAUUCUGGAACCACAAACACCAGCCCAUCAGCUCCUCGCCCAGCUCCCAGCUGGGCUCCAGCGCCUUCAGGUCCUGCCAUCAAUUCCUCCCAACAUGUCUUCAGGCAGAGCUGCAGCCCACUUUGGGGCUGGGGCAUCUCCCCACAAGCCGCCCUCAAAGCUCUCCUUUAGGUCGUACCAAAGCCCUAAGGCUCUGGAGACGACGGAGGUGUCCGGCGACUACGUGGAGCCUCUUUCUGGGGGGUCUGGUCCGCACCCCCCACCUACCACUUAAGAGAGAAUCGUAACCACCUCCCCCUGCCCGUCCCGGCCACCGAGGAGGAGGAGGAGGGCUGCUGAGAGGAGGCGCGAUCGGCAGAGCCCACGGAGGAUGCCCAGGGCACACCCACAGGCACACCCAUGGCACACUCAAGGGCACACUCACAAAGCCGUUUCCUAGAGGAAACUGAGCUUUGAGGACCAGGUGCACCCUGGCCAGGAACUUGGCCCCGGGGAGGCCGGGCUCCUCUUCCAGCCAGCACUCGACACCCCCCUUGUUUUCCCAGCGAGUGCGGCCUGUGGGGGGCCACAAGGCCCAGCCUGGCCCCACGCCUUUCCACCAUGGCAGAAAAGGUAAAAGCCACCAGAACAUCCACUUGCUUUCUGAGCUGCAGAGGACAGUUCUGACCCCGACACAGGUCCUGGGGAAGCCACCACACAGCCUCCGCCCUCCUCAUCCUGCCACCGAUAUUUCAACCAGGCACAGCCUCACGCUCCCCACUGACCUCGUCCGCCCUCGUCUGGGCCCUAAGUACUCCUUCUUUUACGAUCUGGUGAGGCAGGGGUAGGUUAGGGUUAGAAGGGACUCUUUGAACGUCUAUCUCAGCAAGUAAGACAUUGGCAAUUCCACGCUGGUUCUCUGACUCCGGAAACCCACAGGUGACAGUUUAAGGGGUGAAUCGUCCCACCCAGGGGUGGCCCAGGAGGAGCUCUUGGGUUGCCGGCCCACCCCUCUGCCUCAUUAGCAGACUUGAUCACUGGUCAGUGUGGUGCCCACCAGGACAGGACCAGGACAAGGCCAGUCCACGUGUACACAGGAAGCAGAUGUCACUCUCAUUUAAAAUUUCCUUGUAAUGAAAAUAAGAUUAGAAUUCUCUUCCGAGGCAAGCAAGAAUCAAAGUCACCAUUAUGUCCUAUGAAGUUGGAGCCGUGUGCCCACGACCACUCUCCAGCCUGACGAGGGGGAGAUGGGGGCUGAGAGGCCAAGAGGGGCACUGAGCAAUGGCUGAGACGCUGCAGGCUGUGUCCCUGCAAGAGGCAUGGAGAGCAGGCCACUCAGCCAGGCCCUCUGGGAGGGCACACGAGCCCCACACCCUGAAGAGGCAAGGGGUGCACUUCCUACCUGUAGACUCAUUUGCUCCCCCUGGACUCCAACUUUCCUCCUGGUGUGGAGGAAACGGUGAGUGGCCGGGAGGGGCUGAGCAGGCGCUGUCAGGGGCUUGACCGCGGGGGGCAGCCUGAGCCGGGAAGACCAGGGCCUGUCUUCCCAGGCAGCUGGCCGCUCCCUGGACACUGCAGGUGGGGCAUCUCCCUGCUCCAGCUUUGGCACCAGGGAGGUAGGAAUGCUCCAGGACCCCAAGGUCACUGCCUUGAAUCUCUUUCCCCAAAUCUUCUCCAGGGGCAGGAGCCCAGCCAGGACACCGUCUGCCUUUCAGAUCCUGCACUAGUCAGCUUCUCGUGGGUACAACAGAGUACCCGAGAAAGACGAUUCGGAGGAGGAAGAUUUAUUAUUUUGGCUCACUGGUUCAGAGGGUCAGUGCAUGGUCAGCUGGCUCCAUGCUGUGGCCGGAGGUAAAGCAGAACACCGUGGCAGAAGGUGUGGUAGAGGAAAGCACCCUGGCUCAGGGCAGUUUGGAAGAAGAGAGAGGAAGGGGUGGAGAUGAGAGAGACCCUUCCAAAUGACCCACUUCCUUCAACUCAGCCCAGCUCCUGCAGUGUCCACCACCUCCCAAUAACACCAUCAAAUGUGUUAACCCACUGGUGGAUUAAUCCAGGAUGGAGAUGGGGUGUUGCCCUGCACAGCCAAGAGCUUCACGGCAACUGCUGGAUCCAUGACGGAGCCAACCACUGGCCGCCCAGCCUCCCAGAUGCGCUGCAUGUGCCUAUUGCUGCCCACAGGGCUGCGUGCCUGUGGCACUGGUCAGGUUAGGGGAGCCCAGCCUGCCCACAGCCACCAUCUAAAAGCCUGAAUUCAGUUCUCCCCAGAGGACCCAGCCUCGGCCAGCCCUCGCCCAGGCUCCUGCCCAACAGCCACCCAGCCUGAGGACCAGCUGCCCGGCAGGAGGCCAGGCCCCUGGGGCACGGCAGGGGCAGGCAGAGGGUCCAGGGUGGGUGGACACAGCUCUGUCCUCCCUGCCCCGUGGCCCAGCCUCCCCUGGGGCCCUGAGCCAGGCCUGCAGGCCACGCUGCGGCCAGCAAUACGUCGUCUCCAGCAGCGUCUGCUUCCAGGAGCUCAUUGAUUCCCACCCUGUCUCCCAGCUUCCUGGCACAACAGGUCGUGGCUGGGGACGGGUGGGAAUCCAGCCUGCUCUAACCCACCUCUUAGAAGCCCUCCGCACAGGACUGCGGUGGGGGUGUGCGGGUCCCAUGGCUCAGGGAGGGCCACAGGGGCUGGGGAGGUCUCUCCCUUCACUCUCCAAGGUGCAGGCAGGCUGUGGGCCCAGCCCUCUCAGCUCAGGAUCUGCCAGUGUGGCCCAGCCUGCGGCAGCAAGGAGGGCAAGGAGGCCUCAGAGGGGAGGCUGGGGAGAGAAAGAGAAUGUGGGCACCAGGGAAGAGGCUUGGAGGCAGGACAAGGGAGGCCAGGCCCACACAGCAGGAGCCCCGCUUGACAGUCCUGAGCCCUUCUGCUGGUGAGAAGGGGACACUCCUCCCU